AUGCAGAAUCCUGCGGUUGCCACGUACGAGGCCGCGUACAAGCUGCUGAAAGAGCCGAGCGCUUUCGCCACCACGCAUGCGCUACCACAUCCGGCGCCGCUGCUCUUCCGCCUCACGGGCAUGGACGAGCCGCUCGCGUGGCCACUCAGCGCCGCGCAAGCAGCGCAAAUCGCCGCGCUCUACCCCGCCAAGAUCAUUUCCGCUUCCGACAUCCCCUUCGAAGAGCGGUACAUGGACGGCCAGGACGACAUGCUUGCGGCCAUGAAUUGGGCCUAUUUCGAGCCCCUGGCACCCUCCAGCACCGCGUACACGGUGCUCUCGCACAUGGUUGUGGACGACGUUGGCGACGCCGACAGCUUUCGCCUGCAGCCUUCCAACGACGACGACAUCAACGCAACGACGUUUGGUGUGCUCAUCGUGCUACUUCCGUCCGCACACACGGGCGGCGUCAUCACGUUGGCCCACGCCGGCCAAUUGAAAACAUUCGGCGAUGACGUCUCGCUCAUCGAGACACCGUUCACCGCCGCCUUUCUCUCGACGACCAUCACGUCGGCGCCCAUCACGUCCGGGCGCCGCGUUGCGCUUGUUUACCGCUUGUGCUAUGACGACGUCGGAGACGAACCCAUGCGCAUGACGCCGCCGGCGCAGGACGCUGCUAUCGCGGCGUUCCAAGCCCUGGGACACUCGACGUCGCAAGAGGUCCAGCGACUCGGACUGGAGCUCGACGAGCCGGAGUCCACUCUCACGUUUGCAGCGCUCACGCUCUGCGAGUUGGGGUUUGUGAAUGUGCUUUUGGCAGCCGGCAAUUUUGACGUCGGUCUGGCCACGCUUUCGAGAAACCGAACGUGCGACGUGGUUGCGUUCGAGCCGCAUCCCGCGUGCAACAUCCCAGAUGCGGUCGUUCAGAGUGUUAUUGGCCACACGCUUCAAGGCUUUUUGCACUUGCCGCUUCGGACGCAUGUGGGGUUUCAGUCGCCGUCGGACGUGCUCGUCUUUUGGCCCAGGCGCCACCGGGUGUGCUUUGCCGAUAUCGCGGACCUCUGGGCAUUUCUGGAGCGGCGACUGGAGCGUGGCGACGACGACGACGACGGAGCUUUUCUGGGGGCGAUGCCCCUCACCGGCGCCCAUGGGUCUUCCUUGAUCAAGGUCGAGCGUGGGCGCAUGCACUGGCUACAGCAGCAAACACGCAACUUGGCGUGCUUCGAGAAGCUGCAUCAGCUCGUGAUGGCGAUCGAGGACGUGCAGGUCUCGACCGCUCUUCUCUACGCGAUCGCGACCUCGGGGGAGUUAUUCUUGACCAGUGUCGCUCUUGUCGUUCAUGGCCUCUUGUCCAAGCAUGGCUGGGGACUGCUGGAGUCUGCCAUGCUCGAACUGGUUCGACGCUGGAUCAAGAGACAGCCCCAUGCGACGCUGCAGCUGCUUACGAGCUUGGCGGGGCUGGAUGACGAUGAAGCUGCCGUGUGCCCCCCACUGUCUCAACCGUUUGAAGCCGAGCUCUUCAAGCGCUGCUACGACGUCGUGCUCACGGCACCUGAUCUUGAUAUCGGUGACUUCGACUGGUGCUAUCACGGUCCUACCUUUGCCAAGGGCCUCUUCUUGCUCGACCACUACGUGACCACCAUUGUGCCGCAGCUCCAAGACGCCAACUAUGCGAGUCAGCGUCUGCCUCUCAUCCUCGUGCCAGCCAUCGAUGCGUUCCUCUUCGACUUCCCCUCGGUCGUUGACGUGCUCUCGUCUUCGACGGUGUUGGACCCGCUCAUUGACAUAGCUGUCGGCCUUGCGUCGGCCGUGCGCUGCCAGCCCGAGUUGCCCCUGCCACCGGCCGUCAUGGAUCGCAUUGUCAUGGCCCUACAGUCGCCCAUGACGGUGAGUGGGAUGGCCAAGUUGGCCAACGACCACGCCAACGUCGCCGCCGCGGUACUCGUCUUGGCAAGCCGCUCGCAGCGUCUGGAUGCAGCACUCUUUGAGACGCUGGUGGUGCUCUACGAUCUGGCGCUCCUUCCGAUCGCCGCCUCGAUCGCAUCCCAGCUGGCGGACGACGCGCUCUUUGGCCACCUCGUCACUGCGUACAUUCGCGCGUCGGUCCCCGCGCUUGUGGACAGGUUCAAGUUGCUCGAUUCGCUCCAGCGCUCGGGGCACAUCAACAACCAGGCAACGGUCACGCCCGGCGCUCUCCUCUUCCUCGACGUGGUGCAGUUGCUCCAGAGCUUUGCGCCGGACGCUAUCGUUCCCUUUGCAACGAGGUAUUUGGCGCUGCUGCCAAAGACUCUCGACACGAUCCACGACCGACUCGUGCCUGUUUUGAUGCGCCUCGACGGCGACAGCUGCGUCCAUGCGCUGCUCGUGACAGCGACCAUUGAUCGAUUUGCCGCGGUGUCUGCGCUGCCUUACGUCACCAACUUUGCAAUGCCUCGACCGGUUGAGCUCCACCCGGAGCACUGCCUCCAGUGCACCUUGGUGCAUUGGUUCUUGGCGCAAGCAGACGAGGCCAUGUUGCAAUACCCCGUGGGCGAGGGCGACAUGUGUCCGAGCGUCGCGCGCAUCGUCGCCGAGGCGUCGCAGCUUCGCUUUGUCGUUGGAGAUGGCGCGUACAUUCCAAACGUGCUUCACCUCGAGAAGGUGCGGAAGCCAAGUCAGGUCUCGGAGGACGAGAGGAUGAUGGCGAUGCAUGCCCAUGUUGCGGCCUUCGUCGAGACCUUGACGCGGCAAAAACGUGGAACGGACGAUGAAGCGUCCACCAAGCCGACAGCACCGCCAGCCAAGCGCGUACGGCGGUCCUAA